AUGUCACACCAUCCUGUAAAGAAAACAAUGGAGGACAAUGAAACUGACAAUGACUUUGAGGAGGACACUUUAAGAGGUGUAUAUAAACUGAAUAAAACAAUUUUAGUAUAGUAGUUGACGUUAUAACAUAGGUUUCAGUAUUAAUCGUUAUUUGGAGAACAAGUACAGAAUUUUUAAGAUUGUUUAGUGUCGUUCUUGGGAAGCCUGUGUAGCUAGCGGUUUGUUUGUAGUCGUAGCCUUUUCCAGGCGUUGAGAUAGUGGAGUGCUGUGCAAAGUAAGAGAGCGGAAGACAAAUAAGGAGAUGAGGAUGUGGGGGAGAAAAUCUCACCCCCUUCCCCACCCCAUCGCCAUUUUUCCUGCGCACAUCUCUUCGCCCCGUACCCCCUGUAGAGCGCGCACUUUUUCCCCAUUCCCCUCGCGGCUCCUCCGCUCGUUCAGAGGCACGCUCCCCACUGAAAACCGCCAGCCACUCAGGUUAGAUUGACUACCAUAAUCUUGCCGCAUAAAACGUCUCUUAAUAGCCGGAAAGAAUGAACAAGUUUGUCAGAAACUGUGAGUAAGGAAGGUACGAACAGUUACAGUUCGUUCCCGGUACGUGCUUCCUAUCUCAGACAGUUGACCAGUCUUAUUUUAAACCCAGUAACGAACCUUGGUCGCGGGGUAGAGUUAUACUAAGCCUUAACUAAAAUAUGGAAUGGCAUGUUUACUUUAACACUGACUAUCCACCAUCUCUUUGAAGUCUUAUAUCACUUGAACUCUCGAUCAUUUAUACUUUUAAUCACUCAAUAAAAAUAGUUCUAGGUUGUUGAAUAUGGCAUCAGCCUACGCCCCCCAUACGAACGCUGUACAGACUGUAAGGAAAGGGCAGGGGUCACUGUGCAAGUAAAGGGAUCGACGAAGGAGUCCAAGACAUGCAUCUUGCGUUUGUCUAGGCGAAAAUUUAACCAGUUCAGUUCUUUUCUCAAUCAACAACAAUGAAAUUUUUUUAUCAAUUAAAGGGGUAAGUUUGCAAGCGAACUGUGGUGUUGCGUCGGUAGAGAAGUAAAACUUAUACAAAGAGUUAGUUCUAUCAACUGAGCUGAUAAUUAAAGCAAAUCGGCAACGUAGAAAGAUCAAGAUAAACAGGAGUUCAGAAGACGCGCAACAGAAGAAGGCGAUUCAGGAACUAUAAACCCAAAAUCUUAAUUUUGGUUGUAAGUAAACUUCAAACAAAAAGCGGGCUUAUUAACCAGGGUCUUCACUGGCUCUUCACUACAUUUUGUAUGUCAGACAACAUUUUCAGUUUAAAUUAAUCUCUGGCCUCCGCUACUUCAAUUAUAUACUAGCAAAACUUUGUAUGUAUUUUUGUUUCAGUAAUUGCGGAGACUAGCAAAAAUGCUGGCAAUGAUGCAUUUCAUAAGGGUGAUUUUGUCAAAGCUAUAAACUUGUACACAGAGGGAAUUGAAGCGAAAUGCAAGGAUGGGGAUCUGAAUGCCAAAUUGUAUAACAACAGGGCAUCAGCUCACUAUCACUUGGGUAAAUAUCAUAUUCAUAUUUACGCAUUGUCAACAUAGCACUAAAUUCCGUAUCCAACAUUCCAUUCUCUAAUUUGCAUCCCAGCCCUGAGACACUUCUGGAAUCUCUAUGUGACUGUCUCUAUUGCCCCAUUGGUGAAUCAGGAUAAAGUCUUAGGUGGGCGAACUUUUUAAAGCUUAAGAAAGUAACAGAGGGGGAAGGGGGGUGGGUUCUCGAUUGACCUCGAUAACAUCGUCUCAAAGCAGAUAGUGCCUGGUCUCUUGAUUUACGUGUUCAUUAAUAGUUCAAUUCACGCAUGCAUCUUCCCGUUCCGCCGAUGUAUACUGCGCUGCAUUCGCAAGGAAUCUUAUAAAAUACUCAAUGUUGCUUCCUUGAGUUACUUAAAGAUCCUUAGAUCGCACAGAAUGUUCAGUGUCGUGUCGAAUAUGAAGACAGCACGGGUGUACCCAUCGUUUAAAUGCAAGACAGGCACUGGCCCUCAAUUAAGAGACCCCUAGAUAAAGCAUAAAUUUUAAGUGCUGAUUUUUCUUCGAGCUGAUAGGGCAAUUCUUUCUAAUCUACUUGAGGAUUAUUCUUUUUAAUUCACGAAUAAUAAGAAAAAAUUCUUGACAGAGAUGUGAUGGCGAACGUUGAGUCUGCUCAGUACCUUAGAAAGAUGAUUUGUCAAUUAGUGACACAGGCAGCUCAGAGGGAAAAAUCCGAGUACUCCCAAUACUCCCUGGGUCACUGAUGAAAAUCAUCUUUCUCAUGUAUUAAACAGGCUCCAAAUUCACCAUCACAUCUGUAUCAUUGCGCAUAAGUACAUAUCAACAUUCUUGACCUAGCAGUAUGCAGGUUAUUUGUCACUUGAACCUUGUUCGGUAGUGCCCUUACCUUCCACGAGUCUCUUGUAGCUUAGUGGUAGAGCAUCUGGACUAGCAGACAGAAGGCCAUAGCUUCGACUCCUAUUGGGCCGCCUGUAUGCGUCACUGAUUGAAAAGUCAUCUUUCUCAAAAAACUCUUUUUCAGAGAAUUACCAUGAUUGUCUGAGUGACGUAAAAGCUGCGACAGCACUACAGCCGUCUUAUCUCAAGGCGAUUAUCAGAGGUAAAAUGAAUCCCAGUAGAAAACCUGAAUUUUUUCUCCAUUUAAUCAUUUCGAAUGAGUCGCCUUUUUUUCCCUAGGGGCGAAGACCUGUUUAAAGUUGAAGCAGCUCGAAGAAGCCAUCAUCUGGUGUGAUAAAGGAAUAACCGUAUCCUUUCUAUGCUAUCGUCUUCACAGACCUUGUUUUUCUCUUUCUUGACAUCUUAGUGUGCGAGUACGAAAAUAAAACCGCAGGGGAUUUAUUAAGCCGCAACGCACUGGAUAAAUUACUCAAAAAGAAGCAAGGAAAAAGCGUGUGCGGACAGACUAUCUUUAAUUAGACUGAUCACAUACAAAUCCCUGACCGCACAGAUUAUUAUUACCUCCUUUACUUUUACUAGGUCAAUGCCUCUUUUUUUAUGUUUUGGUAAAUUAAGCUUGAAUCGAUAAAAUUGGUUUAAAUAUUAAGUGAAUUUUUGGUGUCGUGUUCUGACGUCUCACACAAAGAGUAGCGUACAAAACGGAUUAUCGAACCAUUUUAAAAUAGAGCUCAACUGAUGCUGCCGCUACUCAAGCGUGUCAUUCCUGCCUCUGCCGUCAGCCUAGUUUAAGGUAAAAGAAGAUUAUCUCCUCUCCUCUUAACUCUUGCAAGAUUGACAAGGACAAUAAGGAUCUGUUGGAGAUAAAGACUUGUUCUGUCAUACAGCGCGAAAAGAUUUUAACACAGGAAGGCGAUAAAGCAGCAAAAGAGGAGAACGAUUCACGAACAAACCAAACAUCUCUUGAUUGCACAAGUAAGUGUUAAAACUCCAAACACAAAGCGUACCUAUAACGAGCGUCUUUAUUUCAAGUGGUUCUACAAUUUAUCAGCCGCAUCAGAUGUUAUGUUUUGUUCUCUGGCCUUGACUCAUUAAAAUACUGGCAGAACUCAAAACUCUGUUUGUAUUUUUAUUUCAGCCAUAGCAGAAACUCACAAAAAUGCCGGCAAUGAUGCAUUUAGUAAACAUGAUUUUGUCAAGGCUAUCAACUUGUACACAGAGGGAAUUGAAGUAAAAUGCAAGGAUGAGGAUCUGAAUGCCAAAUUAUACAACAACAGGGCAUCAGCGCAUUUUCACUUGGGUAAAGUAUCAUUCAUAUAUUAUAUUUACUCAACGCAUUGUCAACACUGCAUGUUGUUCCGUAUCCAACAUUCUAUUGUCUAUUCUGCAUCUUUGCCCUUUUACGUUGAGACACUCCUGGAAUCCCAAUUCAACUGUCUCUCUUGGCCCUAUUGAAGUUAUAUAUCAGGGUCGGUGAAGUCUUAUGUCCUAUUAUCAUGCAUCUCUUGGUUAUGCGGACGAUCUUGUUAAAGCCUAAGGGAGAAACAGUGGGGGAAGGGGGAUGGGUCUCUAUAGAGAAUUUUAACUUCAUCUCCCAAAGAGCGUAGUGGCUGGUCUCAUUUGCGUGUUCAUUAAUAGGUCAAGUCUUCUUGACCCUUGUAAAUAUAUUAGAAAGACGAUUUUUUAAUUACUGAAACAGGCGGCUCGGAAGGAAGAAUCCGAGUACUCCCAAUACCUCCUGUGCCACGGAUCGUAAAACCAUCUUUCUCAUAUAUUCAACAGACUUCAAAUUACCCAUCACAUCUCUAUCAUUGCGCAUAAGCACGUAUCAACAUUCUAGUCCUAGCAGUAUGUGCCAGGGUAAUUUGUCACUUGAACCUUGCCUUGGCUCCCACUAGUCUCUUGUAGCUUAGUGGUAGAGCAUCCGGACAAGCAGCCUGAAGGUCGUAGCUUCGACUCCUAUUGGGCCGCCUGUAUGCGUCACUGAUUGAAAAGUCAUCUUUCUCAAAAAACUCUUUUUCAGAGAAUUACCAUGAUUGUCUGAGUGACGUAGAAGCUGCGACAGCACUACAGCCAUCUUAUCUCAAGGCGAUUAUCAGAGGUGAAAAAGAAUCUCAGUAGAACACCUGAAUCUUAAAAUUUCCUCCAUUAAAUCAUUUCAAAUGAGUCGACUUUUUUUCACUAGGGGCGAACACCUGUUUAAAGUUGAAGAAGUUUGAAGAAGCCGUCAUCUGGUGCGACAAAGGAUUAGACGUAUCCUUUCUUUAUCCUGUUCAGAGACAUUCUAUUAUCUCUUUUGAGAUCUUGUGCGCGUACGAAAAUAGAAACUGUGGGGGAUUUAUUAAGCCGUAACGCACUGGAUAAAUUACUCAAACCAAAAGAAAAGAAAAAAAUUGUGUGGACAGGCUAUCUUUUCUUAGAGGAGUAAAUACAAUCGCUGACCGGAAAAUUGUUACGUCGCAAUCCGUUAUCUUACUAGGUCAAUAUCUCUUAAUACAGUCGGUUGGUUUGUUGGUGACGCGUCCUGACGUUUCACACAAAGAGUAGCCAUUUAUACACACGUACAAAACGGAUUACCGAUGAACCAUUUCUCCAAUUUCUGCUGCUGCUACUACCACUGCCGCCAGCCAAGAUUAUUAUUAUUUUCUACCCCCUUAACUCUUGUAAGAUUGACAAGAACAACCAGGACCUGUUGGAGAUAAAGACUUGUUCUUCCAUAGAAUGCGAACACAUUUUAACACAGGAAGGUGAUAAACCAGCAAAAGAGGAGAGCAAUCCACCAACAAACCCAAGACCUCUUGAUCGCACGAGUAAGUAAAAUCCAAACAGAAAGCGCACUUGUAAUCAUGGCCACGGUCUUUACGUCAAGUGGAUGUACAAUCUCUGGCUUUCACUCAUUUAUACUGGCGGAACUCAAAACCACUCUGUUUGUAUUUUUAUUUCAGCUAUGGCAGAAACUCACAAAAAUGCCGGCAAUGAUGCAUUUCUUAAAGGUGAUUUUGUCAAGGCUAUAAACUUGUACACAGAGGGAAUUGAAGUAAAAUGCAAGGAUGAGGAUCUGAAUGCCAAAUUAUACAACAACAGGGCAUCAGCGCAUUUUCACUUGGGUAAAGUCUCAUUCAUAUUAUAUUAACUCAACGCAUUGUCAACACUGCAUUUUGUUUCGUAUCCAACAUUCUAUUGUCUAUUCUGCAUCUUUGCCCUUUUUCAGUUCCGCCAAUUUUUGCUUCGCUUUAUUCGCAAGAAAUCUUAUAAAAUACUCACAAUCUUGCUUUCAUGGGUCACUAAACUUUUCUUAGAUCACAUUAAGUGUUUCGUCGUGUCGGAUUUGAUAACACCUCGAGCGUACGCAAGGUUUACGUAGAGUCUAUAAAGUAGACGCUGCCACCUCAGUUUGUGCGGAUUAUUCUUUUUAAUGUAGGUGUAAUAAAACUCUUUUUCAGGAAAUUAUCCAGAUUGUCUAAGUGACGUAAAAGCUGCGACAGCACUACAGCCGUCUUAUCUCAAGGCGAUUAUCAGAGGUGAAAAUGAAUCUCAGUUGAAAACUUGAAUUUUUCCUGAAACAAUGAUUUUAAACGAGUCUGCUUUUUUUUCACUAGGAGCGAACACCUGUUUAAAGUUGAAGCAGUUUGAACAAGCCUUCAUCUGGUGUGAUAAAGGACUUGCCGUAUCCUUUCUUUAG